AGGCUCCUCUCUCAGUUUAAAAGGCAUUUUCUCCUCCUCUCUCUUUCUUUCCCACUCUCUCUCUCUUUAGCUCUGACUCGGUGCUCGGACUCAGUGACAAGAGCAGUGGGCUGAGCUGUCAGGGCAGAAGAAACAGAGAGAAUAUAGAUUUUUUUGGAAUAGAAGUGUCAUCUGGUUAGAACACAAGGAGAGAGGUGGCGGAAGUGCCUUCAAGGUGGACAUCCUUUCAUCCCCUUUACUGAAUGUGUUGGGUUCCAAUGAGGCAAUUCGUGUGAGCUGCCAAACUCUGUGGUGGAGUAGCUCUAAACUGUCUGGUCUGCUAAAGGGCCCCUAAACUUAUCCAGAUUUGGCCAGACUUCCAAGCUUUGUCCGAGGAUUCUUAAAACUGAGUCCAGUUGAGAAAGACAAAAAUGGGUACUAAAAGCUUUUUAGGGUGUGUCUUCCUGACUCUCCUUCUCAACCUCUGCCAAGCUGGGCUGGUGAGAAAAUUACUUAGGCAUAAACGGGCGACCUUGACAACCCCCGGCGGAAACAAUGUGACCCUGACCAGCGCUGACCAACCAGUGGUCUUCAACCACGUCUACAACAUCAACGUCCCUUCCGGCUCCCUAUGCUCAGUAGACCUGGAUGCCCUAGGAAGCACCAGCCUCAAGCCCCAGGACGCAGCUCCGCCUUCAGGCCUCCGCACCACCGAACAUACCCUGGAUGGGCAGAACCAAAUAGUUUUCACUCACCGCAUUAACAUUCCUCAGCAGGAGUGUGCAUGCACUGAUGGGCUCCCGGAUCUGAAGGACCUCCUGAGCAGAUUGGAGAUGCUGGAGGGAGAGGUGUCCACGCUGAGAGACCAAUGCGCUAGUGGAGAUGCUGGCUGCUGCAGCGUUCAGCCAGUCACAGGUGAGGUGGGGACCAAGCCUUAUUGCAAUGGCCGUGGCAACUACAGUGCUGACACCUGUGGUUGCAUUUGCGAGCCUGGCUGGAAGGGACCCAACUGCACCGAGUCUGAAUGCCCCAACAACUGCCAGGACCAAGGUCGCUGUGUGGAUGGGAAGUGCGUCUGCUUUGAGGGCUUUGGCAGGGACGACUGUUCACUCAAGGUUUGCAAAGUGGACUGUGGUGGGAACGGACAAUGUAUUGGUGGGGUCUGUGUCUGUGCCAAGGGUUACACUGGAGAGGACUGUUCUCAGACAGACUGCCUAAACAACUGCCUAAGCCGUGGAAAGUGUGUGGACGGGGAGUGUGUGUGUGAAGAGCCCUGGACAGGCUACGACUGCUCCGAACUCAUCUGCCCCAACGACUGCUACGACCGCGGCCGCUGCGUCAAUGGAACCUGCUACUGUGAAGAAGGAUUCACCGGGGAGGACUGUAGGGAGAAAACCUGCCCAAGCGACUGCCUGGGAAAUGGUUUCUGUGUGGAUGGCCAGUGUGUCUGCAGCUCUGGCUACACUGGAGAGGACUGCUCCAAGCUCACCUGCCCCAGUGACUGCAACGAUAGAGGUGUCUGCUUCAACGGCAUGUGUAUCUGUAAUGCUGGCUACCAAGGAGAGGAUUGUAGCCAGCUGGCUUGCCCCAACAACUGCCAUAACAGGGGACAGUGUGUCAACGGGCAGUGCGUCUGCAAUGUAGGCUACCAGGGAGAGGACUGCUCUGAGCUCUCUUGCCCCAACAACUGCCAGGACCAAGGUCGCUGCGUGGAUGGGAAGUGCAUCUGCUUUGAGGGCUUUGGCAGGGACGACUGUUCACUCAAGGUUUGCAAAGUGGACUGUGGUGGGAACGGACAAUGUAUUGGUGGGGUCUGUGUCUGUGCCAAGGGUUACACUGGAGAGGACUGUUCUCAGACAGACUGCCUGAAGAACUGCCUAAGCCGAGGAAAGUGUGUGGACGGGGAGUGUGUGUGUGAAGAGCCCUGGACGGGCUACGACUGCUCCGAACUCAUCUGCCCCAAUGACUGCUACGACCACGGCCGCUGCGUCAAUGGAACCUGCUACUGCGAAGAAGGAUUCACCGGGGAGGACUGUGGGGAGAAAACCUGCCCAAGCGACUGCCUGGGAAAUGGUUUCUGUGUGGAUGGCCAGUGUGUCUGCAGCGCUGGCUACACUGGAGAGGACUGCUCCAAGCUCACCUGCCCCAGUGACUGCAACGAUAGAGGUGUCUGCUUCAACGGCAUGUGUAUCUGCAAUGCUGGCUACCAAGGAGAGGAUUGUAGCCAGCUGGCUUGCCCCAACAACUGCCAUAACAGGGGACAGUGUGUCAACGGGCAGUGCGUCUGCAAUGUAGGCUACCAGGGAGAGGACUGCUCUGAGCUCUCCUGCCCCAACAACUGCCUCAACCGGGGCCGCUGUGUCAACGGACAGUGUGUGUGCGAUGAACGGUUCGGUGGUGAGGACUGCAGCAUCAAGAUCUGCCCCUCAGACUGCUAUGGCAGUGGAAAUUGUGUGGAUGGCCGGUGUGUUUGCUAUGCUGGCUUCACCGGUGAGGACUGCAGCAAGCUGAGCUGCCCCAACAACUGCCUGAACCGUGGACGCUGCGUUGAUGGGCAGUGUGUCUGCGACGAGGGCUUCACAGGGGAAGACUGCACUGAGAAGCACUGUCCCAAUGACUGCCUGGACAGGGGAUACUGCGUGGAUGGCAAAUGUGUCUGCCUGGAGGGCUAUGCAGGUGUCGACUGCUCUGAACUCACCUGCCCUGAUAACUGCAACAACAGGGGACACUGUGUUAAUGGGAAGUGCAUGUGUGAGGAGCGAUACAUGGGAGACAACUGUGGAGAGCUGAGCUGCCUCAACAACUGCCAGGACAUGGGCCGCUGUGUGAAUGGACAAUGUCUCUGUGAUGAGGGAUACAUCGGAGAAGACUGCUCAGAAGUUUCACCUCCAAAGGACCUGACUGUAACAGAGGUCACCACCGAGACAGUGGAUCUGACCUGGAACAACGAGAUGCUGGUGACAGAGUAUCUGAUUGCAUAUGUGCCCACUAGUCCUGGGGGUCUAUACCAGGAGUUCAGAGUGCCUGGAGACAAGACUGCUGCCACAGUCAGCGAGCUGGAGCCCGGCAUCGAGUACCUGAUCAACGUCUAUGCCAUCCUUAGCAACAAGAAGAGCAUCCCAAUCAGCGCCAGGGUGGCUACAAAUCUACCAGAGCCAGAUGGCUUGAAGUUCAAAUCGGUGAGGGACACCUCAGUAGAAGUGUUGUGGGAUCAGCUGGACAUUCCCUUUGAUGCCUGGGAGCUCUAUGUCCGCAACACGAAAGAGGAGAAUGGGAAGAUCCUGACAACCCUUCCAUCCUCCCAGAAUAUGUAUGAGCAGUCAGGGCUUGGUCCUGGUCAGGAGUACGAGGUCUCAGUGGGCGUCAUCAAGAACAAUACCAGAGGACCUCAGUCUACUAAAAUCAUUACCACCAGGAUUGAUGGCCCCAGACAGGUAGAGGUGCGUGACGUGACGGACUGCUCAGGCUUGGUCACCUGGUUCCAGCCCGUGGCCCAGGUGGACGGUGUCACCGUGUCCUAUGGCCCCAGCUCCCACCCCACAGAGAGGACCAGCGUGGACCUGUCCACCUCAGACAAACAGUACAGUAUUGACAGCCUCAGCCCAGACACUGAGUACCAGGUGUCCCUGAUCUCCAGGAGGGGAGACACCACCAGUGAGCCAGUCUCUGAGAUAUUCACCACAGACCUGGACGCCCCCAAAGACCUGCAGCCCCUGGGCCAGACAGACGACAGCAUCACACUGGAGUGGAGAAACAGCCGGGCAGAUGUUGACAGCUACAGGGUGAAGUACAGCCCCAUCUCUGGGGAUUCCCAUGGCGAGGAGGUGUUCUCCCGUGGGCCAGGAGACAACACUCAGGCCAUCAUCACUGGAAUGAAACCAGGUACAGAAUACGGGAUUGGUGUGACCGCCGUGAAGAACGAGAGGGAGAGCCUGCCUGCCACUACAAACGCAGCCACUGAUCUCGAUGGGCCCAAGGACUUGGCAGUGAGCGAGUCCACAGAGACAAGCAUGACCCUGGUGUGGAGGAGACCCAGAGCCAAGAUCACCAUCUACAGGCUGGUGUACAUCUCCAGGGACGGUCAAAGGGAGGAGGUGGAGGUCCCUGGAACUGCCACCACCUACGUCCUGACCAACCUGACCCCCGGCAUGCUGUACACCAUUACCCUGGUCGCUGAGAGGGGCUCAAAGAAGAGCACCCCCGUAACCCUGUCCGCAUCUACAGACCUGGACGCCCCCAAAGACCUGCAGCCCCUGGGCCAGACAGACGACAGCAUCACACUGGAGUGGAGAAACAGCCGGGCAGAUGUUGACAGCUACAUGGUGAAGUACAGCCCCAUCUCUGGGGAUUCCCAUGGCGAGGAGGUGUUCCCCCGUGGGUCAGGAGACAACACUCAGGCCACCAUCACUGGAAUGAAACCAGGUACAGAAUACAAGAUUGAUGUGACCGCAGUGAAGAACGAGAGGGAGAGCCUGCCUGCCACUACAAACGCAGCCACUGAUCUCGAUGGGCCCAGGGACUUGGAAGUGAGCGAGUCCACAGAGACAAGCAUGACCCUGGUGUGGAGGAGGCCCAGAGCCAAGAUCACCAUCUACAGGCUGGUGUACAUCUCCAGGGACGGUCAAAGGGAGGAGGUGGAGGUCCCUGGAACUGCCACCACCUACGUCCUGACCAACCUGACCCCCGGCAUGCUGUACACCAUUACCCUGGUCGCUGAGAGGGGCUCAAAGAAGAGCACUCCCGUAACCCUGUCCGCAUCUACAGAGGACCUGAGGCCUGUGGUGGCCAACCUCACAGUCUCUGACGUGACAUGGGACAGCUUCAAUGUGUCCUGGACUCCCGAGGACGGGGAGUUUGAGAGCUUUGUCAUUGAGGUGACAAACUUACAGGAAGGUUUAGAGAGCGAGAACCUCACCUUGUCUGGUGAUGCCUUCAGCCUGGGCAUUUCUGGCCUGAGUCCUAACACCUCGUAUAGGAUUGGCCUGUACGGGCUCCACAAGGGCUCCUUCCAGGAGCCGGUGUAUACCGAAGUCACUACAGGCCUGGGCGCUCCAAGGGGAAUCCGCUUCUCUGAGGUGACCGAGUCCUCGGCCAUAGUCCACUGGACCAUGCCUCGUGCCAGAGUGGACAGCUACCGCAUCAUCUAUGUGCCCCUCCAAGGAGGUAGCCCAAUGACAGUGCUAGCAGAUGGGACUGAGACCCAGGCCUUGCUGCCUAACAUGUUGCCAGGGGUGACCUACCAGGUGACCAUAUUCUCCAUGAAGGACCUGGAGGAGAGUGACCCAGGGACAGACACCAUCACCACAGCUCUGGACAGGCCUCAGGGUCUUUCUGCUGUCAACGUCACUGACACCACCGCCCUGCUGCUAUGGCAACCCACUCGGGCCACUGUCGAUGGCUACGUCAUCACCUACAGUGCAGAUUCAGUGUCCCCAGUGAUGGAGCAUGUUUCUGGGAACACAGUGGAGUUUGAGAUGGGCUCUCUGGUCCCUGCCACCCAUUACACAGUUGGGGUAUACGCCAUGAGGGAGGCACUAAAGAGUGGCACCACCACCACCGAAUUCACCACAGAUGUGGAUUCCCCUCGUGACCUAGCGGCCAGUAACGUCCAGACAGACAGUGCCACUCUCACUUGGAAGCCCCCGCGUGCCGACAUCACCGGAUACGUCCUCACCUUCACCUCAUCUGACAGCACAGUCCGGGAAGUGGUCCUGAGCCCUACAGCCACAUCAUACAGCAUGACUCAGCUGAGUGGCACUACCGACUACAACGUCAGGCUACAGGCCAUCGCUGGAGCCCAGCGGAGCCGCCACGUCACCACCGUCUUCACCACCAUCGGAGUGUUGUACAGAUACCCUAAGGACUGCUCACAGGCUCUGCUGAAUGGAGACACCACCUCUGGAAUCUACACCAUCUACCUGGGAGGAGAAGAGAGCCAGCCCAUCCAGGUCUACUGUGACAUGACCACCGACGGAGGUGGAUGGAUGGUGUUCCUGAGGCGCCAGAGUGGAAAGCUGGAGUUCUUCAGGAACUGGAAGAAUUACACUGGUGGUUUUGGGGACAUUAAUGCUGAAUUCUGGUUUGGUCUGGCUAACCUCCACAAGAUGACAACAGCAGGCCAGUACGAGCUGCGUGUGGACCUGAGGGACAACGGGGAGUCGGCCUAUGCUCAGUAUGACAAGUUCACGAUCGCAGAACCCCGUAGCCGCUACAAGAUCCACGUAGGAGGGUUCAGCGGCACAGCAGGUGACUCUAUGACUUAUCACCAGGGCCGUCCCUUCUCCACAUAUGACAAUGACAAUGACAUCGCUGUCACCAACUGUGCCCUGUCCUAUAAGGGUGCCUUCUGGUACAAGAACUGCCAUCGUGUCAACCUUAUGGGGAGAUAUGGUGACGAUAGUCACAGCAAGGGUAUCAACUGGUUCCAUUGGAAGGGACACGAGCAUUCAAUACAGUUCGCCGAAAUGAAGAUUAGACCAGUCAACUUCAGAAACUUUGAAAGUCGAAGGAAAAGAUCAUAGACUUUAUACUGCCCUCCUCCCCCCCUAGCUCUCUCCAAGCCCCCCCCCCCAGGAGCAUUACCCAUUGACCCUCUUUUGAACCUCAAUCUUCAGUUCACCAAGUCGCACAUCAAGCAAGGACAAUCAUGUUACUGAAUGUGUUUUUAUCCAACUAGCUGUCAAUAUUGGGAUGGAUACGUUAUACCAAAAACGGCACAAUCUGACUUUUGUGUGUUUGAUUUAUUUUAUUGUUUGUGUUCAUUGGAACAUUUACAAGCAAAACAUGGCUCCUUAUAGGUCCAAAGAUAUUUGAAUAUGCCGAUGAGCAAUAAGGCAGAUUGAUUAUGAAAUGUGAAACAAUGAAAGGUGAUUUCAGUUACUAUUUUUACGGAAAGGGUAAAAAGAGUCCUAUUCCAAUUUUGACACUCGCUCUUACAUUCUAAUCUCCCACACUUUCACGUUCUUUCUCUCUGGCAGUUGAUUGAAAAACUGUCUGAGCAUUCAGAACCCAUUGUACAUUACUGCAGACAGCACAGUUGAACUUUUCAACUAGCAACAUUUCAGAGAAACGUGACAAUAAUAACGUGGCUUGAUGCCACAUCCCUCAGUCUUUCUAAGGAGGGAGAAAAUAAAGUUAUAUAGGUUAACAAAAUUCCCCUCUAUUCAUACAGUAAAUCCUUCAACAGACUUGAGGGAAAUACCGACUAAAUUAGGCAUAAUUUGUUUCAUGUUGAGUGAUUGAUAUUUAGAAUUACAUUUUCUAUUAUUGAUAUAAUUGAAUACCGGUUUAAAUUAUGCUUUAAUUCUGUUUUCAACUGAAUGAAAAACACAUGUCUAUAUGUAACCCUCGAUACAAUAAAAGAUACUUUGUUAAAAGA